UUCGCCGUUUGCAGCCUGGAAAUCUCCCCGCCAACCAGACGCUGGCAGAAUGAACCCAUGAUUUGGCAAACUUCGGGGCUUGGGUGGCCAAUAACACCAGCGACUGGUUUGUUAAUUAACUAUUGAAAGUGAAAGUCGCUCAGUCAGUGUCCGACUCUUUGCCACCCCAUGGACUACACAAUCCGUGGAAUUCUCCAAGCCAGAAUACUGAGUGGAUAGCGUUUCCCUUCUCUAGGGGAUCUUCCCAACCCAGGAAUCGAACCCAGGUCUCCCGCAUUGCGGGCGUAUUCUUACCAGCUGAGCCACAAAGGAAGCCCUAAUUAACUGUUGGAGGUUGCUUAAUUGAGCAUCUGUUGUAUCCAGGAGCCAGUGACAACUCACACGCUGUCAUUUAUUUUUCUCAGCAAGCCUACAGGUGGGUGCUGUCACUCCCAUUCUCCCAGCUGAGCUGAUCCUUGGAAGCAGGUAACUUUUAAAAAGUAAACAGAAGCAUUCAUUAAGCGGUGGAGCUGAAAUUCAUGCCCAUCUAUCUUGCUUCACAGCCAGCGCUGUUUUCUCUGAACUUUGACAUUUCCAGGAUCUGGACAGUAAAUAUGCUAGAUCCUUCUGGAAGCUAUUAAAAACCUAGACAACAGGACCCAAAGGACUCGCUUAUGCUAAGCCCCACUCACCAACCAAGACUUAAGUAUCGUUUUGGCUCUCCAGUCAAUCAGCCAUCAUCUGAUCAGCACUAGUUAGAUCUGUGGUCCCCAUCCUUUUUUGGCACCCGCGGCCGGUUUUGUGGAAGACCUCCCCUGGGGAGGAGACGGUUUCAGGAUAAUUGAAGUGCAUUACACUUAUUGUGUAAUAAUAUUGUGCACUUUAUUUGUAGUAUUAUGACAUCUGCUCCACCUCAGAUCAGAUCAUCAGGCAUUAGAUCCCAGAGGCUGGGAACCGCUGAGUUAGGUAACCUGAUAGACCCCCCGCAUUCCCUAGGAAAGGAAUCUUGCAACAACCAAUUUCCUUGUUCCCGCUCCCUUCUGCCUUUAAAAGUCUUUCAUUUUGUACACCUCUUCAGAGCUCCUUUCUGUUGGACUGGAUUGCUGCCCUAUUUGAAUCAUUUUUUUUUUGUUUGUUCAAAUAAAAUCUUGAAAAUUUUAAUAUGCUUCAGUUUAUCUUUUAUCAAAUAUACAAUCAAUACGUGGUCGUCUGGACAGACAACUAGGGGGUGGGGAGAAGCUGGCCUUCGUAGCUCCCCUGUAGGUUAGCGGAAACGCAGAUUCCGCAGAGCGGGAGCCUGUGGCAGGGUGUGGGGGACCUGGCGUGCACCCAAGUGCGGCUGCAGUGACCUGCGCAUGCACGCGCCAGGGCGGGAAGCCUAGAAGCGCUGCACGUGGCCGGGGUGGCCGUUGCAGACUUGGCACAGGGCCUGGCAGAGAGGUGCGCUGAAUAGGGGGACCGGCGGGAAAGUGCUGCUGCUGGGUCUGCAGGGGCGAUGCAGACCCUGAAACCGAAGUCGAAGUCUCGGCCCUUCUGCUUCAGCGUGAAAGGCCACGUGAAGCUGAUACGAUUGGCACUAGUUGUGACAUCUAUGACCCUUUUCAUCCUAGCACAAGCGCCAGAGCCGUACAUUGUUGUCACUGGAUUUGAAGCCACUGCUACUUUAUUUUUCAUAGUUUUAUAUAUAUUCAGACUUGAUCAAUUAAUUAGCUGUUUAUUUUGGCCUUUACUUGAUAUUAUCAACUCAGUGGUAACAGCAGUAUUCCUGAUAGUUGUAUCUGUGUUGGCACUGAUCCCAGAAACCACAACAUACACAGUCCUUGGAGGGGUGUUUGGACUCGCGGCCUCAGUGUUCUCUAUUGCCGAUGGGGCACUUAUUUACCGGAAGCUGCUGUUUAAUCCAAGUGGUCCUUAUCAGAAAACUGAUGCUCAUGACAAACUAUGAGUUUUGUAAAUUUAUAUCCUUUUUAGUCGAUGCUAAGUAUUAAACAUAUCUCUUUUUCUAACA